GAAGAAAAUGGCGGCAAAAUUUUGUUAGAUUUCUUUGUUGUGGUUUAGUUUUGACUGCCCCUUGAUUUACAACUAAGUCCUUUAUGGCGUCCCUGUUCGGCGACGAUGGCGUGGAUGACCUGUUCAAUGACAAUAUCCCAAGGGACCCGGAUCAGUUGCCCAGCGAUGGCGAAGACGAGAAACUGUUCGCAGACGAUGAGGAAUAUGCCGGAGACGGAGAGCCGGGUAGCCAAGAUGCCCAGAAAGUGGAGCCCAAGAAGCGGGCGGUGAGGAAUCCGCGUCCCCGGCUUACAGUGGAAACCCUUCGCGGUCCCCGGGGAAUCCAGACCAUCGAGGGCUACUUCAAGGACAUAAAAUUCAAGGGAAAGGGGCACGAAAAAACCGAUCUGGACGAGGUGUUGCGUCGCCUGCAGCACUGGGGUCAUCGGAUGUAUCCCACAUACACCUUCGACGAUGUGCUCAACAACAUAGAGCGGCUGGGCAAGAAGAAGCCGCUGCAGGUGCACAUGGCGCGCUAUCGUCUCGGGCAGCUGGAGGAGAUCCGGGCCCACGAGGCGGAGCUGAUGGAGGAGGGACAAGAUGAUCAGCAGGACGGAGCUGGCGAUGAGCCCUUCGAUGAGUUUGAUGCCCUGCUGGGCGAACAGAUUGCCAUGUCCAGACUGGCGCCACGCACGCCGCAUCAGAGGAAAAUGUCCACUGCCUCGAGCAACAGUACGCUGGUUACUCCCUCGUUUUCACGUGGCAAUGCGGUGAUGUCCACGCCAUACUCGGCGGUAAAUGCUCCCACCUUCGACCGAAAUGGAGCUCCAACGUUCGAUCGAAAUGGAGCUCCGAUUGCUGCGCUUGACAUGAGUGACUAUGGCCAGCCGCUGCCUCCCUCACAGCCUCCAACGCCGGCGGCCAAAAAAUUGUCCAACGAGCAGAUGGCCAGGAUUGCCGAAAACCGGAGAUUGGCCCAGGAGCGACUGAAGGCCAAACAGCAGCAGGAGGCUCAGAAUGCUAGCUAAAGCAAUGAAACUUGUGCGCCGAAAAAAUAUUUAUUAUGUUAAGAAUUUUAAGAAUGUUGUUUUUUACAAGGGUAAUACUUUAAAAUACAUCUAUUCUAUA